GGUUCCUGGCUUGGAUCUGGCCUGCUCUCCAGCUGAUGUAGUCAUAUGGGAAGUGAACCGGCAAAUGAAAGAUAUUUUUCUGUCUUCCUUCCUAUUACUUUGCCUUUUUAAAUAAGUAAAAUUUUUAACACAGCUUCCAGAAAGUCAAAAGGAGAAGCAACUGUUUUCCUAAACCCCCUAUGACUAGCCAUCCUAAAAAAAAAUGCUCUCUCUGCCCCAAAGCCCGCACCCACGCAGUGGGCAGGGUUUCUCUUUUGGGCAAACCUGCUUCUUGGGAAGGGAGGUGGCAAAACCUGUUUGAAGAGGAGGUUACCUCCCUCUCACACCUCCCUCUUUGGAGGCAAGAGCAACAACAAGCUAAGGCAGAAAAAGGGGGUAAAAGCAGUAUUGGCUGGAAGGAGCAGCUCCCCAGUAACUGAGUGUCCAGGAGGAAGGCCGUGAAGAUGGGAACUACCCAAGAGGCAGGAAAGAUGGAGUCAGACCUCAGGAAGGAUGCAGAAGCUGCAGAACCAGGAACAGCCCUGAGCUUUGGGGAACUGGAGCUGAAGGAAGAAUGGCAGGAUGAAGAAUUCCCUCGAUUGCUUCCUGAGGAGAUGGGUCCUUCUGAAGAUCCUGAAGACCCUCAAAGAAACUCCCAGGCGGGUACCCCCAGCACCUUAUCUUUGUGUGGUGCUCGCCCCAUGCGGAAGCGACUGUCUGCCCCACAGCUGCAGCUCAGUCUGACCCAGGGACCGGGAGGCAGCGGAGCUUCCCCCAACCACUCUGCACCUUCCUCAUCGGAUGGCAGUUCUGACCUGGAAGUGGAGGAGUUGGAGACACCCUCAGACUCAGAGCAGCUGGACAGUGGGCAUGAAUUUGAAUGGGAAGAUGAGCUGCCCCGGGCAGAGGGUCUGGGGGCCAGUGAGGCUGCCGAAAGGCUCGGCCGCGGCUGCGUGUGGGACGUGGCUGGAGAGGAUGGGCAUCGCUGGCGGGUGUUCCGGACAGGACAGUGGGAGCAGCGAGUAGACAUGACUGCCAUUGAGCCCUACAAGAAGGUUCUGUCUCACGGAGGUUACCAUGGUGAUGGCCUCAAUGCCGUCAUCCUCUUUGCUUCCUGCUAUCUGCCCAGAGGCAGCAUUCCCAACUAUGCCUACAUCAUGGAGCACUUGUUUAGGUAUAUGGUGGGGACUCUGGAGUUGCUGGUGGCUGAAAACUACGUGCUGGUCCACCUGAGCGGAGGCACAAGCAGGGCCCAGGUCCCACCUCUUGGCUGGAUCCGCCAGUGUUACCGCACUCUGGACCGGCGGCUCCGGAAAAACCUGCGCGCCCUGGUGGUUGUGCACGCCACGUGGUAUGUGAAGGCACUUCUGGCUCUGCUUCGGCCCUUCAUCAGUUCCAAGUUCACACGAAAGAUCCGUUUUCUGGACAGCCUGGGAGAGCUGGCCAAAUUCAUCUCCCUGGACCAAGUUCACAUCCCUGAAGCUGUCAGACAGCUGGACCGGAAUCUCCAUGGCUCGGGAGGCACCUAGCAUAGCGCUGGAUAAAGUGCUUACAAUCAAGCACAGACACAUCACUCCUGAGAAUUCUGGACUGUUCUGUAAAUUAUCUGGUGCUCAACCCCAGGCUCCCCCUGAAUGGAUCUUCACUUCCCAAGGACAUAACCCUGCUCCCAGGGUGGAAGGCUGAGCCUAGAGGGACACUCAUCACCGCCAGGGAAGAGUCCUGAAUUUUAAACCCCAUGUUAACUAUAAAGUCCAACAACUUCCC